AUGGAGAACGGUGCCGAGGACAAGCCUGCGGCAAAGCCGGCUCAGAGGCAAGUCCGUGAAGACGGUGCCUUCAAGGAAGAGCAGAAACAGCAGCACGAGAAAGAUGGCGGAACCAAGAGCAGUAAAAAGAAGAAUAAAAAGAAAAAUGCUCAAGUGCAAUCCAAUGCUGGUGGAGCUGCAACCCAAAGCAAUAAUACCAAUGAUGUACAAAAUUCUAUUGUACCAUCACUACCUAUGCAAGUGCCUAGCACUUUCCCUAAUAUUUCCGUUAAGGAAUUACAAAUGGCCAUGGAUGUGAUUCAGAAGCAGCAAAAGUCUGCUAAGACUCCAGAAGAAGCAAUGCAAAAGUCUUAUCAGUUUUGGAAUACCCAGCCUGUACCAAAAAUGGAUGAAACAAUUGUUAGCAACGAGCCUAUUGAACCAGAUAAGGAUUCGAUUAGAGAUGAGCCCUACUCGCUUCCACAGGACUUCCAAUGGGAUACUUUAAAUUUGGAUGAUCCUCAUGUACUGGAAGAAUUGUAUGUGCUGUUGACAGAAAAUUACGUAGAAGACGAUGAUGCUAUGUUUAGGUUUGACUAUCCAAAAGACUUCUUGAAAUGGGCCUUGCAACCACCAGGUUGGCACAACGAAUGGCGCUGUGGAGUCAGAGUUAAAAAGAGUGGUAAACUAGUAGGUUUUAUAUCUGCCAUUCCAGCUACAGUUAGAGUCUAUGAUAAGACUCAAAAAAUGGUAGAAAUUAAUUUCCUCUGUGUUCACAAAAAGCUGCGGUCGAAGCGCGUCGCGCCCGUAUUGAUUCGUGAGAUAACACGACGAGUAAAUUUGAAGGGUAUAUUUCAGGCAGUCUACACUGCGGGCGUAGUGCUUCCAAAACCCGUGGCUACCUGUAGAUAUUGGCAUCGCUCGUUAAAUCCAAAAAAGCUCAUCGACAUCAAGUUCUCGCAUCUGUCGCGAAACAUGACGAUGCAGAGAACUCUCAAGUUUUACAAGCUACCGGAUAUCCCAAAAGUUCCUGGCUUCAGACAAUUGACUCUCGCAGACGUGCCACAAGCUCACAAACUUCUAAGCGAGUAUUUGACUAAAUUCAAUUUAUCGCCGAUUUUUACGGAAGAAGAGUUCAAGCACUGGUUUGCGCCGCAAGAUGGUAUUGUCUCAUCUUUUGUGGUAGAAAAUCCCAAAACUAAAGCCAUUACGGACAUGGUGAGUUAUUACACUUUGCCGAGUUCAGUGAUGCAUCAUCAAGUGCACAAAACUCUGAAAGCAGCAUACAGCUUUUACAACGUUUCUACAAAGACACCUUGGCUCGAACUCAUGCAAGAUGCUCUCAUAUCAGCGAAAAAUCUCCAAUUUGAUGUGUUUAACGCGCUUGAUCUAAUGGACAACAAGACUUUCCUAGAGCCCCUUAAGUUUGGCAUUGGCGACGGCAAUCUUCAAUACUACCUUUACAAUUGGCGAUGUCCGAGCAUGACGCCCGACAAGAUUGGCCUUGUUUUACAAUAAAAGAAGGACAAAAAAUACAAAAACAGUUGAAUAGAAAUAAAAGUCUCGAAAUCGAGGAAGAACACCAUGAAUUUGAAGAAAAAGAUGGGAGACUGGAAUAUGUACGAGUGUUCAUGUAUGAAAGAUUCUAAUGGUUUUUUCAUUUUCUAGUGAUGAUCGGUAUCAAUGAAUUAAACGUGAAAAAAAAAUCGGAUGCAACGUUGACGUUGUUGCUAUUGUUAUUGUCGUGCAUUAUAUGCUGCUGCUGUUGCUAUUGCUGCUACUCUAGUAUCUCAUUGUCUUUGCUGUGCAAUGAGAAUUUUGUUGAUAGCUGAUUAAAAGUGUAAUAGACAGAGUGUGAUGAAGGAAAGGAACAAGAAUACGCUUUUUGUGAAAAAUUUUGAAUACCCAGAUGAUUAUAUAAUCUGUUUAUUUGUAUAAACGAUGAUACAAGCGAGAAUUGUUUUGUUGGGCAACAAAAAUCUAAUUUUUGAAUGAAGUGUAAAGUAAUUUUAUGCAAACGACAUAGAAAUAAAUAAUUAAGGUAGCAUGUUUGGCUAAUAGGUGGGACGAAAGAGGUAAUAAUAAA